AUGCCCGACGAUGAGACCUACGAAGAGGAAUGGGCCGACGAGUGGGCUGGAGAGGACUGGGCCGAGGACGACGACGAGGAGUCGGAGAUUCCACCGAGCUCGGCGGAGUUUCGACGCACCCGCGGUGAUCGCAAGAAGUGGCGCGGAGGACCGUGCCCAGCCCCACCUCCACUCGAGGCCCGGUUUCAGAAUAUAUACAAGCAGCCGAGAUACUACCAGAAGUGGGUUAGGAAAGUCCACAUGUGGAAGGCCAGGGCGCGACACUACAAGCCGAUGGCCGAGCUGGCCCUGGACCUUUCGGACGUCAUCACGGGCGAGGGCGCAGAGAUGAUCGAGUCCUUGGAAUGGACCCGUUUGUAUUCACAAGAUGGUAUUGAUUUGGUGAUCAACUCACUCGCCGUGUUUGACGAGCAGCAGAUCCUACAGGUUGGAGACCUCAUGGAAGAGUACGAAGAAGUGGAGCGUCUGCCCGGUGAGCUGCUGGCCGCGUACGUCGCGCAUUUCAAGGAUCUCGAGAUGCGGCUCAAGCGGGCAGAGCUUCCAGCUCAGCAAGGUCGGCUGGUCGAGAUCACGACAAAGGAGGCGGCAAAGGACGAGAUCGACAGCCACCGAGAGGUUGACAGUAUCCAGGUCAUGCAGGAGGUGGCGGACGCUUUGACCGUCACCAGCGACAAGUUGAAGAAGCUGACCUUGGGCCGCGGGUGGACCGGAAGCGCCGCCCGGCAGGCCGCCGCAGACAUCGCCAGCACCGCCACAGAGAGGCACUGCGACGCCGCCGGCCGGCACGUCUUUUUCAGGAAGCAUUCGUGGAACAUUUAUGGGAGACCGAUCCGGAGAUUCAAGAGCACCGGCGGCAUCUCAGAGGCCAGGGUUUCGCCAGACGUCUUCGAGGACCGGCUACAAGUCACGCACCUCUCGCCCGACGAGCUGCAGCAGCGCGUGGCCGCCUUCAAGAGCAGGGUCGCCACCGGCGACAAGGGGGCCUCUCACGUUCGAUUUCAGGCAGCGCCAGAAGUGCGUCAGUUUUCCGUGGAUUCUCGCGGAGCUCAGGCGGCGAGAAGCGGGACAAAAUCAUCGCAUCAGGUCGACGUCAUCUGGCAUGUCCGGACGCCCUUGGACGUUUGCUUCCUCGAGGAUUCCCAGGGUUUCUACAUUGUCAUCGACACAGGUUGCCAGCGCAACGUUGUGGGCUACGAGUGUUUGGGAAAGUUUCUGGAACAUAUCGCCUACCUGGGAUUGAGUUUCUGGGAAGCUGAGGAGCAAGAGAGGUUUCGGUUUGGAGUCAGUCGUGCGGUGAGCAAAUCUGUGGUGUAUUUCCCGAUAUGUCUUGAACAUGUGGUGCCCCUGGUUUGCCGUACCUCAGUCUUGGACGUGAACCCUAAGUUGCCUUUCUUGGGAUCGUUACCGAUGUGGAAGCUCUUGGGCCUCCAGCUGGACACCUUGGGGGAAAGGGCUCAUUUCACCAAGAUCAACCUGUGCGACGUGCCCUUGAAGAUUGCCCCGAAUGGCCACUUGCUUCUGAGAGUCGACUCUUGGUUGAAGGAUGUGGGGUUCCCAAGGGAGCCCGAGGCCUGGAAGUUCACCCCCUCGGACGUCAUCAUCCCGGAGCCCCAGUGGAUCCCAGAGGAGGCCCGAUCGUCUCGUCGUACAGUCCAGCUGACGAGGCAGAACCUGGCGAUCAACGCGUGGACGAACCUGAUGCAGCUGAUCAUGAACCACCUGUCGCACAUCAUCGGUCGCAGUCGCGAGCAGUUCCGGCAGAACAUGGAGAUGUCGAACCGGAUGAUGGGCACGAUCGCGCAGAUGGGCCACGAGAUGGGCUACCUGACACCGAUGGCGGACUCAGUGAAGGCGAUCGCGAGAGGAGCCGCACAGGUUCCGGAGAGCGUGCUGCCACCGCCGCCGGCACCAGAGGAUCAAGCCCAGAACUACUCACAGCUGUGCGAGAAGAGGGACGUGUGCGCCCAUCCGACAACGAGGAGGUACUACGCCAAGGGGUACUGGCUGAUCUGCGACCAGUGCGGCCGGCGGUGGAAGUCGGUCAACGGGAAGUGGAUCGUGAUGGUGAAGAGAGGCGCCUGGAAGCGCCUUCUCGGCAUUGCUAAGAAGACGACCGCAGCCUGCGAGACGCUUAUUAACGUGAGUCAAGAUGCCGAUCGCCGAGCUGCCGAUUUACGAGACGCGGAAUGGUGCUGUUCGGACGUGGCCUUCAUGGACAUUCCCGUUCCCGAGUUGCCCGACCACCGGUACCUGGACAACGAGUGCCAGGCGUGCGGCACCGACCUCAUCGAGGGCUGCGCCGGGACAGCAAGACCUACGCGACUAGCUUCACGCUUUGAGCUGAGGGCCUCGCCGAGCGCCGACAUAGAGGACGGCUGGGACUUGUCAACUACGCGAGGUGCUCAGAGAUGGAAAGAUCAGAUACAGAAAGACAAGCCCCUCUACGUGAUCGUAGGCUUCCCCUGCACGCUCUGGUGCUCCUACAACGUCAAUGUGAAUUACGUCGACCAUCCCGAGCUGCUUGAGAGACUUCGUGCUCGGGAUCGACGGCUGAUUGACUUGAUCAAGUGGACCAUCAAGUACCAGGUGAAGCAUGGCCGGUUCUUCUUGUUCGAGAACCCGCCGACGUCAGCGAUCUGGAAGGACCUCCAGUUCGCCCCGCUCCUGCCCUUGGGCGAGACCGUUAUUGGCCAUGGGUGCCAGUACGGGAAGACAGGCGAGACUGGCCUGCCGAUUCGCAAGGCGUAUCGCUGGUUCUCCAACUCGCCGCCCGCGCUUGCGGCUCUGAGCCGCCGCUGCCCAGGACUUCGUCCGGAGUCCGGGGGCCACUUGCACGAUCAGAUUGAGAACUCGAAGUGGACAAAGGCCAGCGGCGAGUACACCGACGAGAUGGCCCACGCGAUGCUCCACGCGAUCCAGCAGGUCGCCGCCCAGAGGAAUCCGAGCAGGUUCGCCGACAUGCCGGUCGCGGCUACCGAGUGGGAGGUCGCCUACAACCACGCAGGUCCCAUCGAGGUGCUGUUCGCCUCGCCAGAGAAGGACCCCACCAGGUGGGAGGCGGUCAUGCAGGGCGUCCGACAGAUCGUGGGCGGCUCCGCCAGCCGAGGCGGGAACAAGGCCAUGCAUUACCUUUCGAAGUCAUCCACGCUCUGGAGACAGAUUAGCCAGCUCGUCCCGUGGGACCUCACGAUGAUCCAGCUCGCGAAGACAGCCAAGCAAAGGAGGUUCCCCAUCAACAAGGAGCCGUGGUCUCACCGUGGUCACUGCUACGUGGACGAGAAGGGGCAUUACCACAUCGAAGCCGAGGACCUGGUUGACGUGGCCUUCCCGACGUUGGCCUUGUCGCCGCCCGCGGACCUAGCCGUUUUCUUCUUCGGCUAUGCCAAGCAGGAGUCCCUCCCGCAGGAGCCUGACACGUCACAGAUAGAGAAGCGAAUGCCGCUUCCCCCAGACCCGAACGACCCGAUGCUGCCGAACAACAGCCUGCCGCCCGACGAGGACGACGACCUGCAGGACGUCCCGAUCGCUCGGAUGCCUGACGCGUCCGGCGGUAUGGCUGGCAUACGUUUUGUUGGAGUGACAAAGGAGCAGUGUCCUCGUGAAGUUCGCCAGCUUGUCGCUCGUAUGCACUGUAACUUGGGACAUCCGGUGCCCAGCGAGUUCUUCCAGUUCCUGGCUCAGAGAGGCGCCUCGCAGGCCACGCUGCUGUGCGCCAGAGCGCUGAGGUGCCCGGCGUGCCUUCGUCGCAAACGGCCUCAGCGACAGCGGGAGUCACAGAUUCCAAGAGUGGGUCUGUUCAACGACUUAGUCAAGGGCGACUUGUUCUACGUCAUGACCCACGACGGUACGACACACGCACUCUUGGGACUGGUGGACAAAGCUACGAGACUACAUGUGGUGUGUCGGAUUGCUUCACGCGAACCAGGAGACGUCUGGGAGAAGUUCCAGACGUGCUGGCUCACCCCGUUCGGGAUCAUGCAGAUUCUGGUUGUCGACCGGGACGGUGCCUUCGAAGCCGUGUUCAUGGACAACUGCCACACGUUGGGAAUCGACGUGAGGUGCGUGCCGCCGGGAGCUCACUGGCAGCUGGGCCUGGCCGAAUCCGGCAACUACGCCUGGCGCCGAGUCUUCGAGAAGGUGAUCGACGUCAUCCUGCCGACGAUGCCAGAGCACGUGGACCUCGCGAUCAUCUCGACGAGCCACGCCGUAAACCAGUCAGUGCGCCGAGCAGGCCGCACCGCCUAUGCCGCCGCCUUCGGACGGGUACCUACACUUCCGACCGAGCUCUUGGCCGACACCACGUCCGCCGAGUUCUGGCACAAUUGCACCCAGGAUGAGAUGCUGGCCUACGGGGAGAGAUGCCGCAUUGAGGCGCUCAAGGCGAUCGCCGACCUGGAGGCCGACGAGGCGCUGCGCACCUCCAUCUUCCGCCAGCCUGUCAACCGCAAGGAGUACGACUUCCUCUCGGGACAGCGCGUGGCAGCCUGGGGCGAGCAUGGUCGCAAGCGACGGGGCAAGACGCCCGUGGCAGGGUAUCGCCCAGGCAUUUUCUGUUUCUGGGAUUCCGGCACCAACGGCUACGGCGAGGGCGAGUCUGCCUGGUUGCGGAUCGGGCACCGCACUGUGCAGGUGGCCCGCGAACACAUACGCCCAGCCGUCGGUUUCGAGGGCUGGACCCCUUCCGAGGAGGACCUCAAGGAGCUCAAGACGGCCGAGCAGGACUUGGCGAAGGCCGGCCAGGGCGACGCUUCGAACAUCACCAUUGAGGGCCCUCCUGAACAACAACCCGAACCAGAAGAUCCGCAAGCACGAGUGCUGCCGGGACCUCUUCCGGCAGCCCCGCUCGAGCCCAUCCUGGAGGAGCCCGCGCAGGCCUCUCUGGGAGACAACGCUACCAAAGAGAACUUCAGGAGCGCGUCAGCCGACGACGCCCCUGAAGCUGCGCCAAAUGCUGAACUUCCUCAACUUGCCGACGCAUCGGAGUCUCCGACGCCGACAGGCCAGAGCGGUACCCGGCGUCGAGCCCAGCGUCGAGCCGAAGGCGAAGCUCCAGAGCCCGCUGCGCCCUUUCCGUGGCCGGCACCGCCUCAGUUUGGACCAGUCAGAGCACGAGAGCGCUCUGCGACGCCCACGCCGAGGAGAUCAGCACCUCAUACCCGCGAGUCGUCCGCAGCUCGACCACCAUCGAGCGGUUCGGCACCUUCGACGGUUAUCGCACCACCACCGGAGAAGAAAUCCCGACCAGGAAAGCUUCCUCACAUACCGGGCUCACCGAGCCCAGCAGCCUUCGUGUCCAACGAGUCGGACGAGAUGGAGUUCAUCACACCGGAUGGCUGGGACGGAGUCGAGGAGCCGGUCCUGCUCAGGACCCGCGUGUUCUCGAGCCUGGCGGAGGUCCAGGAGGCCUACGAGGCGCACCUCUUGCCCAUCGAGAACUUCGAGAACGACCCGAUCGACGACAGCGAGCCGGACGACGACUGGACAAACUGCCUGUACAUGACCUCCCACGAGCUCUCCGACCUCAGGGACGGCGAGAUGGACGUGGACUGUGCGACAGCACAGGUGGGCGACACGACGGACUCGAACAACCUGUCGAGACGCGAGCAGCGUCAACUGGAUCGUGAAAUCCCCUGGCGGGAGAUCGCAGAGUACCCGGAGGACCAGUUCAUGGAGUACGUCAAGGCCUUGCGCAAGGAGUGCCAGAACUGGGACACCUGGAAGUCCGUUCGGGCCUGCUCGCAGGAGGAGGCCGAACAAGUUCGUCGUGACCCUCAUCGCCGCAAACGGUGCAUCCGCUCGCGCGUGUGCUACCGGGACAAGAACUUGGGGUUUCCGCCGUUGAAGGCCAAGGCUCGCCCGGUGUUGCUGGGGUUCUCCGACCCCGACCUGGAGAAGUUGCCGCGUAACGCCCCGGUGCUGACCGACGCUGGCAAGAAGCUGAUCUGCCAGAUCGCGGUCUCGAAUGACUGGCGAGUCGGGACCGGAGACGCGGAGAGCGCCUUUCUCCAGGGAGGCGCCCAGAGCGAGCGCGAGGAGGCGAUCUACAUGAUUCCGCCCAAGGACCCGAUAGUUCAAGCCGCCGGAGUCUUCACCGCCCCACUCUACGAGGUGGUUGGCAACCUGUACGGUCAGUCGACGGCGCCGUACCUAUGGUACAAGCACGUGGUGACGACCUUCCUGGCGCUGGGCAGCAAGCUCCACAGCCUCGAUUCAGCUCUCUUCUUGUGGUUUUUUCCGAACAAUGAGUUGGCUUGCGCGGUGGGUAUGCACGUGGACGAUGCUCUUGCGGCACACCAUCCCAAGUUCGACUUCACACCGAUCGAGAAGGCUAUUAAAUGGCGAGGCUGGCAGUGGGACAACUUCGUCUUCCUCGGCGAGGAGUACCAGCGCCUACGUCAAGGUCCGUACAGCGGAAGUUUGUUUGUUCAUCAAGCGGCCUACACUAAGGCGAUUGCAGUCACGAAGGUUGGAUUUAUGGCCAGCACUCGGUCUUCUUCUAAGCUGACGCGCUCUGAGCGCGAAGAUCUGGAGUCUGCUGUCGGUUCGCUCCAGUGGUUGUCCGGACACACACGUCCAGACCUGUCAGCCGCGGUUUCCCUUGUCCAGAGGACCGACCCCGAGCUGAACGACCUACGGAUGGCCAUGAAGCACGUAGAGUACGCGCACCGCACAGCCCAGACUGGCAUCCUGAUCGUCCGCGUCGAUUUGAGCCGCGCCUGCUUCGUGAGUUUUGCAGACAGCUCAUGGGCGAACGCUCCAGGAUUGAAGACCCAGAUCGGCACCCUCAUCUUUCUGGCAGACGAGGUGAUACUCACCGGACCCACGUCAUGUACUCUCUUGUUUCACAAGUCCAAGAGAACGCCGAGAGUGGUGAGAUCUACGCUGGCUGGGGAAGCUAUCGCGCAGGACCUGGGAGUGGACUACGCGUCGUACUUGUCGAAGUUCCUGUCCGAGAUGUUGACCGGGCGGCCUGCUGGCCGACGCCCACCGAUCUUCGAGGUUAUCACCGCUACCGACUGCAAGUCUCUGUACGAUGCCCUCCACCAGCUCACCCCGAGUUUGUCUGAGAAACGUACUGUGAUCGACGUGAUUUCCAUUCGUGACGAGGUGAAGGUCAAGAACGUCAGAUGGAUCCCUACGACGCACAUGAUAGCCGACGGCAUGACCAAGGAGGAUCCGAAGCUUCGUGAGAAUCUGACCAUGUUCUUGGCGGAUCCAGUGCUUUCGCUCGUGGAGUCGAUUGCUUGCGAGGAGCUGACCGGUGGGGAUGGCCAAGUACAGAAGAAGUGA